AUGGGAAAUCAUUCGAGUUCUUCAAUGAAAAGAACUCCUUCCAAAUUAAGUUUAUUGAGAAUGAAUUAUUCUGGGAAGGGAAUGUUGAAUGGAAAUUCUCAACAACAACAACAACAACAAAAUUCACAACAACCACAACAACAGAUGAGAGUGAUCAUGUUGGGAACGGGUGGAGUCGGAAAAAGCACCUUGUUCAAAAACAUUAAGCUCUUAUUCAACGGCGGUUUCGACUCUGACGAGUUUCUCUCUUAUCGAGAAGUCAUUCUCUCCAACAUUGUCCAAAUGGUUCAAUUCGUCUUGCGAGCUCUCAUUACACUCUUUCCCGAACACAAAAUUGAAAAACCAGAAAAUGAAGAAUUUGCAAAUAAUAUUCUGAGAUUGGAUUGUGAAGAUUUUAUUCAUAUUUUGAGGAUUGUGGAUGAGAAUUUUAUUGCACGAGUUCAGAAAUUGUGGUUUGAGGAACAGGCUAUUUUGAGAGCGUAUCAUUAUAGACAUCGAUAUCAAUUACCUGUUGAGGAUUUACCCGAUUUGAUCAAACAAAUGGACCAAAUCUAUGCAUUGCCAAAAACAAAACAUGUCAUGUCGUCGUAUGUGAAAACUACUGGAAUUGUUGAAACAGAAUGUGUUUAUAGGAAUACUCGGAUACGUGUGUUUGAUACAGGUGGUCAACGCAAUGAACGAAAAAAAUGGGUCCAUCUCUUCAGCUCUACAAAUGCCAUUGUUUUCAUUGUUUCACUUUCCGAAUACAAUCAAGUCUGCUAUGAAGAUGACAAAUCCAAUCGAAUGAAAGAAUCCCUUUUACUUUUUGAGGAAAUUGUCAACGCGUCAUGCUUUGAAGGAGUUCCAAUUUUUCUCGUAUUCAACAAGAAGGAUGUCUUUCUUCACAAAAUUCAAUAUUUUGACAUUAGUGAAGCAUUUUCUGAUUUGCCCAAUCACAUUCGACUUCACAAACCAAUCAAAAAUUUUCACAAACUCGCCAACGAUGCCAAACGAAAACACAACAUUCAACAGAAAAAACAUAGACGAGUACCAGGAACUCUGGAAAGUGCACAAAACCCAAAAACGAUGGAACGAUUUCAAAGAGCUCGCUCAGCAUCGAUUCAAAAACAAAAACGUAAAAAUUCACUAGCUGCCGUGUAUGGUUCAUCGCCGCAGUGCCUUCCUCGAAUGUCUCCAUCGAGAUUUGUUGUGGAAAAUCAUCAUUUAUUAUCAGAAGAAGAACAAUUUAAAAUUCGUCAAGAAAAUUGGCAGAAAAUUCCAAGUGAUUUAUUAAUUUAUAUUUGUUUCUAUUUGGAUGCUGUGGAUUUGUGUACUCUGAGUACUGUGAAUUACGAAAUGUAUAUUAUUGCAACAUGUGAUACGGUUUGGAGAUCCUUGUGUUUUAGUCUAAUGAAAGAUAUUGAUGAAGAACAUGUGGACCUUCUAUAUAAGGAAAGAUAUCAUUUAUUCGAACCUCAAUUGACAGGUAAAGCGAGCAAUCCAGAAGAAAGUCCUUCGUCGUCAUCAACCGCGUCGUCGUUAUCCAUAAUUUCAUCGGUUUCGACACCAACAACAUCAACUGCAACAACCACAAAAUCCACACUCAAUUCUUCAUCCUCAGGAAGUAUUUUGAGUUCAGUCAUGUCAAGUGUCAAUGCCAAUGACAAAUCUCCCAGUUCGAUGAGUAAGGCCAUUUCAAUUCAAGGAAAUGUGUUUUCAAGCCAAACUCAACAAAAUACGAAUGCCAAUUGGAUUAAUAAUUAUUUCAACAUGAAUCAUUCGACAACUACUCAACCCAUUCCAUUAUUUGGAGCCAAAGAUGGAAUUGAAAUUUCCAUCACUAGUGCCACCAAUACCACAAAUCAUCCUUCACAUCAUUUCACAAAUUCCACAGUAAGCAUGUACAGCGAUAGCAGUAGUGAAGAAGAUGUUGCCAAUACCAUGUUAACAAGUUUACAUUCAUUCAUACAAGAAGAACGAGAAGAACGAGAAUUUAGAAAAAGAAAAUGGAGAUUCUUUUAUGAAAUUGGAGGAUAUGUCUAUCGAGAUUCAAUCAAGUAUAUUCAACAACAAUUUAUUGAUUUGGCCAAAGAUGAAGAACGAAGAACACAAUUAUGGAGAGACGUGAGAGUCACAAGUGCUACCAAUGCAUCCACUGUUCGAGAAUUAUUGGAAUAUGUUUUUGACACGAUUAUUGAUGCACAGAAACGAAUUUUGAAAUGGAUGAAUUGUCAAGUCCUUCUCCCAAUUCCUCGAAAUCUCCAAGACGAGUGGCUACGAGUAAAACUAAAAUUAAGAAUUAAUGAAAAUGGAAAUUCAGAUUUGUGCAUGGACACAAGUGGACCCAAGCACUUGAGCCAAAGAGAAGGAAUGAUCGUUCAGUUAUCCUCCACUUCAAUCAAAUCCAUUUCGGCACUUGCCAUUCAUCCCGAUCAACGAACGGUUUCAGUAUACUUGAAUGUUGUUGGAAAGCAUCUCUUGAUCCAUAAUGUAACCAAGUAUCAAUUAGUGGGCACCAAGAAGUUUGAACUUGUGCAAGAGUUGCAUAGCAUUGAACCUCGUGCUAAAUAUGUUCAUGAACAAUCCAUGAUUGUUGUGGAGCGUUCUACUUUCAUGAAAUACAAUUUGAUAAGAAUUGAUUUGAAUGAAAAUUGUGCAAUCAUCAAGUGGAGGUUUCCACUGACAACACACGUUGAAAAUAAGUGGUGUAUUGAUGUUGAAACCGAUCAGUUAUUUGUUUCCGUUGGGGAUAGUUUGAAAGUUCUAUCCUUACAUGAUGGAAUGGAAGUGGCACGUUAUGAUUUACCAUUGAAACAACUUUCAUGUUUAGAAAUUAACAGCAUCGAUUCGAAUGAAUUGAUUGCAGUUUCGCAUACGCGUGCUGAAAUAUCGUAUGUGGAUAAGAGGAGUUUUCAAAUACGUUCAACGAUCAAUGUGGAAUCUCAAAUGCUUUCGAUAUUAAAGAAAAGCAUGGUGUUUAAUGUUAAAUGCAUGACUCAAGAUAGACGUGGUCAAUUAUACCUUGCCAUUCAUUGGUAUUCUCCUGCAAUGAAAGCACAUUCUGGAAUUUAUGACUCUUCUUUUUAUUUAGUGACUUUGAAUAAUGAUCGAAUUAUUUCCAUAGAGGAAGGUUUGGUAAACUUUUACACCAACACGAUGGAAAUAGAUUCAACUUCAAAACUAUUAUUCAUUAUGAAAAACAAAAGGAGGUAUGGACAGCACGAUUGA